UUGCCUGCCGGAGGCGAUUUCGGCGGCGGCGCCUUCCUCUCCGCUCCCGCUGCCUCGGCCGGGGUUCCUCGCCCGCUGCUCCGCCUCCGACCAUGUCUGCAGCCGGGGGCAACGGGGCGGGGACUCCCAAGGCGCUGCCUUCCUCCGGACCCAAGUCUCUGCGGGACAUGCCGCACCCGCUGGCCGCCUCUAGCAGCGAGGAAGCGGGCGCCGAGCUGACGCCUAGCCCGGACCUCCAGCUUCCGCGCAGCAUCGCCGAGAAGGAUCUCAGUUUGCCCAAUGGUACUCCAGUGGAUACAUCGAGCCCAGCCUCGUCCUCCUCACUUCUUAACAGACUGCAAUUGGAUGAUGACUUGGAUGGGGAGAUGAGAGACCUCUUUGUCACUGUUGAUGAUCCAAAAAAGCAUGUCUGUACAAUGGAGACUUACAUCACGUACAUGGUCACAACGAAGACCACCCGGGCAGAAUUUGGCUUGCCAGAGUAUUCAUUGCGCCGAAGAUACCAGGAUUUUGACUGGCUCAGGAGUAAACUGGAGGAAUCUCAACCGACUCAUCUUAUUCCUCCACUUCCAGAGAAAUUUGUUGUAAAAGGAGUGGUUGACCGCUUUUCAGAAGAAUUUGUUGAGACAAGGAGGAGAGCCUUAGAUAAAUUUUUGAAGAGGAUCGCUGACCAUCCCGUGCUUUCUUUUAACGAACACUUCCACGUGUUUCUUACUGCCAAAGAUCUGAAUGCUUAUAAAAAGCAAGGAAUGGCCUUGCUUUCGAAGAUGGGAGAAUCAGUAAAGUAUGUCACAGGCAGUUAUAAGCUAAGAAGUCGACCGCUGGAGUUUGCAGCCAUUGGUGACUAUCUCGAUACAUUUUCUCUGAAGCUUGGAACCAUUGAUAGAAUAGCACAACGGAUAAUCAAGGAGGAAGUAGAAUACCUGGUGGAACUCCGAGAGUAUGGACCUAUUUACUCAACCUGGAGUGGCUUAGAAAGAGAACUGACCGAGCCGCUUGAGGGUGUCUCUGCCUGUGUUGGGAACUGUUGUACAGCGCUUGAAGAAUUGACUGAAGACAUGACAGAGGACUUCUUGCCUGUUCUGAGAGAAUAUAUCCUCUAUUCAGAGUCCAUGAAGAAUGUACUGAAGAAACGAGAUCAAGUUCAAGCAGAAUAUGAAGCCAAACUGGAAGCUGUGGUCCUGAAAAGGGAAGAGCGCCCAAAGGUGCCCACAGAUGUUGAGAAGUGUCAAGACCGAGUAGAGUGCUUCAAUGCAGACCUCAAAGCAGAUAUGGACAGAUGGCAGAGCAAUAAGCGGCAAGACUUUCGGCAGCUACUGAUGGGAAUGGCAGAUAACAACAUCCAAUAUUACGAGAAGUGCCUUACGGCGUGGGAGUCUCUUAUACCACUGCUGCAAGAUAAGCCCGAGACCAAAUAAGAAGUCACAUCUUCCCCUACCCAACUUUCCCUGCACCGUGGACCUUUGACCCAAGCACACAGUACCACUACGGCUAAGCGUACUGAAGAUACUCUAUGCACGACUUGGUGAAAGACUUUUCCCACCUGGAGGAACACUACCUGUGCUGAAACUUGGGACUGCUCAACUCUGAAACUUUGGAACCAUAUGUUUUUUCCAUCAGCUUUUUAUUGAACUGUCUGAGUUGGCCUUGAACACUCCUAUUCUGGCUAACAACAGGAAAUGCAGGGACUCUUUCUUCUCUUGGACCACUUUAUAUUGAAUGAAAUUGAUGAAUGGAACACUAAAAUAUUAUUAAUAAUAAGAAUAAGAAUAAUAAACCCAUCUCUUGAAUGCAAGUUGCAAACAUGACAUGUUUAUUGUCCUCCCUUUUCCUUGUGAGUCAGGUAAGGGGUGGCUGACCAUGGAAUGCUGAAAACCUCUUGGUUCUCCUUGCUCCUUCACAUUAGAAAGGGGAAAUGGCUGCUAGAAGGUCCUACUGGCAUCUGUAAAGUGUCUUUGAAUUAGCCCCUGCUUGUUGUGUGAGGCUUGAGGAAGGCAGGAGCUGGUACAGUCUAGACAGAACAUGCUAAUUUGUUUUAGAAUGCUCAUCUUUCUAAUCAGACCUGCUGGAAUGGUGUAUAGUCCAUAUUGUUAUACGUUCUUGCUGGCCAUUUUUUGGGAAUGGCAUGGGUGGGGAAGUCUGUGUUUGUGUCUGAAAGUUUGUAGUCUUUUUUCCUUUAAAAAGGAGGAAAAAUCAGAUAAGCUUCAUUUCUGUUCUAGAAUUGCUGGUGUGUUUGCCAUAGGAAAAGGUUUAUCGCCUGGUGACCAAAUUUAUGUCAAACAUCAUUCAUGAUAGUACUGACUUAUUGCUGUGAAAAUCGUCUUGAACAUUUUUGGGGAGGGGGUAAUUAAAAAGGCAGAUACCAUUUACGAAUAUAGCGAUUUUACAUUUCUUAUUAACCAUCACUGAAAGAAGCUCUUGAUGCCACAUUUGAGGGUUUUCAAUGUAAUUAAUUGCUCUUUAACUUCAAACUUAAGAACUUAACAUUGAAGCAUACAUGUACCUUCCUUCUUCUGUUCUCUCCAACUCCAUAUCUUCGGUUUAACUUCUUUUUUGGCAUUUGGUUGUUGCACCUUCAUAAGGAAGAAGUGCCCCUAAAAUUGAUUACUAAUUCAGCAUAUUUGCUCUGCUUUUCUUAAGAGAAUUUCUUGGCUUAACAACUGCUUGAAGGAAAUGUUUAUGAGUGUGGGACUUUUGCUUCAUAGAUAGAACAGUACUGGCAUUUUAAUGACUGACACAUUUGCAAAGCUUAUUCCAGAAUAAGUUAAUUAGUCUUUAAGGUGCUGCAAGACUGAAGGUGCAAUGCUGACUGGAGAAUGUAGGGAGAUGCAAGAAUUUUUUUGUUUCACAUGUAUAGAACAGGGCUCAAUCCAGUCACCCUUGUGGCAGAUGCAUGUAAGCCUCUGAAUUCAGCAUGCAUGGCUACAUCUCUAGAAUUUGCUGUACAUUUUACAGUAACAAAGGUAUGAAUACUGUUCUAUUAGUACAAUUGUCUGAUUCUUUGCUACAGUUAAGUCCUGUUUACCACUUAGGCUAGAAUGCUUAAAGUGCUACAACAUCAGAUACGCAAAGUGCGUAAAAGGCAACCUUAAUUUUAAAUUUUAUUGUAUACACCACAAUUGGGUUCUUUUCAUUUAGUAAUCAGUACACUAAUUUAACAAAAUGCUAUUUGACUGAGGAGGAUGAAAAGCUGGUAUGGGGAGAUCCAUCACACCUUUCACCCACGACCAUUUGUCUCUGUGAUGUGUUUGACCCUGAAUUUCAUGGGUGGCUUCUGGCUCCUCUGAAUCUCAAGUUCAUGAAGAAUCAACAAGCUACAUUUCUUCAUGCAUCUUCCUCUGUGCAUUUGUCAACAAUUCUGGCAGGCCUGCAUGUUGGACAAGUGACGUAUAUGUUAUGCCGGAUGUCCAGUGUAUGACCUUCAGAUGAUGUCAUUUGCCUAAAUGAACCUGUGAUUGGGGGAAGAAUGUACUUCGGGGUUUUCUGGGAGGAAAAUAAAUUAUUUUGAGGAGUGGGGGAAAGUACUUUGUUUUUAGGAAAUUCAUGCAGAUAACACAACAGAUACUAUUUCUAAAAGCCAUGUUAAAUGUCAUGCAGGAGAUGUGAGGACUGUACUGAUUGGGUCAGAGAUGUAAAUAUGUGUAGAGUAGGUUAGGCUUUACUGGAAAGUAGUUUCUAAGGAAAGGCACCAAGAGAAAUAGCUGCUCCUUUCCUUCCUGCUGUGCUCACCCCCGCUUCUCCAAAACUGAUUUCCCAGUGUGGAGUAGGGGGUAGAUUAGGGUUCAUAUAACUUUUUGCCUUCAUACCACAAGAGGGAAAGCAGAGAAAGGAGACCCUUCUUCCCCCAUCCUUUCCUCUUCGCCAUACAUACCUCUGCAGCUGGGUCCCCUCUGGAUGUUUUGGAUUAAAACGUGCAGCGUGCUUGGCUGUCCAAAGGAUGCUGAAAAGCACAUGCCAGAAAUCUGAAGGGCCCUUGCUGGGAAGGCUGCUCUAGGAUAGGGUUCAGCAACUCAGAUGUUUUGGACUAAAACUCCUCACGUUCCUGACUGGGUGGUGCUGACAAGAGCGAUGUCCAGGAGUGGGAAGGCUGCUCUGCAGGGACUCUUGCAAACAAAAAUGGGAGUCUCUGUCUGUUUCCUGUAAUGCCCGCUUUGGCCAUCAGAUGGUGUCUCUCCCCAUAGCUUGUGUAAGGACUUGCCUUGAAUAGUGAAGAAGUACGUUGCUUAAUUAUUCAAGACACCUUUUAGUCCAGCUAAUCAAGCUACAUAGGUUCAAAUCUACUGUGCCAAAAGCUUCAAGAAAGACCUGAUUUUGCAAAGUGUAACCCCAUUUUCCCCUGAGCAUCAUUCACUUGCAUUUGCUAAGAUCGAUCUGCAGUUUUUCUGUAAAAUCUUCCCAAUGGAGCUGAUGCUUAGAAUGGUUUCUGAGAUUGCCGUACUGCAUACCCACGGGAAUAAAUUACUGCUCUGCUUCUCAAAGUCAGUUCCCUGGAUCAGGCUAAAUUUCACAUGUUGCUUUGCAGUACCAGAGCAAAGAGUUGCUUCAUAGUUCAUGCUCUGUACUAUUUAAUGUAUCCCCUCCGUUGGAUAACUAUGGAGGGAAGAACGUGAGAACUAAGGAGAACUUCUCCGCUUCAUUUCAUAAUUGUGUGAGACCCUGUAAUGGUGAACUGUCCAAGCUAUGAAUUGACAAGUGUUUGGUUCAGAUUUCAAGCCAGCCAUGACUUUGCUAGGUGCCUUUAGGCAAACCACCACCCACACACGCUAUUUGUCUUAAGUUACCUUAGGGAGCAGGUUGUAGGCUAUACUGAGGUUGUAUGGGCUGCUGUUUUAAGAAUGUUAAAAACCUCUGUAAAAGGAACUUACGAUGUUUGGAGUAGACAAUGCUAAGUUUACUCAACUGUACAACUAUUUACUCAACUGUACAACUAUUCUCGGCUCACAUUUGGGAUGAAGAAUGAGCUGUUUUCUCAUGUCAAGUAGUUUAAGAAAUGAUCCCAUAAGUAAUUGUUGGUAUUAAAAGCCUAUUCAUGUCAACUUGCAGGACGAAGCAUAUGUAGCAAUGUAUGAAAAUGGCCAAUGUAUUAUUUAAUGCCUUUCAAAGUAUGAGUAUGAACUAGUGUCUAAUAGGGACUCUGCUGUUUGGCUGUCUCCAGAGGUAUUUCCCAAAACUUGGCCUUUGGGCCUCCUUAAACUUAAUUUGUGCUUGGCCUAGGCCCAUGGGUAUUCACUGUGGCAAAUCCAUAGGCUCUGAAAUGAAUGGUUAAGGUCCCCAGUGCAUAGCAUUGAAGGCAUUAACCAAGCGGAAUCUGUGGAUGAAGGAAGAACCCAUUUCUGAAAACAAUCAAGCAUACUUUAUAUUCAGUAGGUAGAAGUGUUCCAAAGGUUUCUUUAAGUUACCUCUUAAUCAAAAUCUUGAAGAAGGAAUGGUCUGUCUUAAAUUUUCCCCAUGUUUCCAAUGUCAAGAGGAAAAGGGUGAACUCACUAAGCUUCAUGAGAUGGUACUUCAGUUGAUUGUACUGUUAUUGAUCCACUCAACCUGAGAUUGUGAUGUUGGCUAUAUUUACUUCUGGAUUUGUGCCUGGUAAACCUCCAGGCCCUAAAGCCUGGGUUUUUGGCUUCAGCCUCCUCCUGUCUGCUUGGUUUAAUGUGCUGCAGGCAGCACAGCUCAUUUUGCAGUCUCUGUUCUUUCCUUGCUCCACAGCUGGAACGGAAGAUGCAACCUAUUAGACUGAAGAUGCAAAGGUUUAGAGAGAGGCUGCAAUUGUGACCUGCAAAGUAUUCUUGCUUCAAGCCAAACAAAAUAAAAUUUUAAGAAAUCUGUGCAUUGUUCUAUUGCAUAUGCAUCCAGUUUGAAUGACUGAGACCGCACACUAAUUUGAACUGGAGGUAGUCUGUGAAAAGGUCUGUUAAAUAGCUGCUUGGCCCCACUGGCAGAGCCCUGUCCUCCCCAAGCAGGUUGUUCAUCGCUGCAGAGUCUGGGCCUUCUUUCCUUGAAAAGUAGGGAAACUGACAGUGUUCAACCUGUGCCAGCUAUUUAACAGGCAUAGCAGCGCAUGUGUAACCCACAAUGCACAAGAGGCGUGGAACAGGCCCUGUUCAUAGGUAAACAUAAUGAUUGCAAGGUACUCUAAAGAUGGCCGGACCGUCUCAUUGUGGGAAUGCGUGAUUCUGAAUUGUAUGAUGCAGCUUCAGGUUAUGCAAGAACCGUCAACAUUUUGUGUUAAGCUUGUCAAUAUAACAAGUGUUUUUGAUCCCGUAACUCAUGUGUUUUUGUUUUCUCCUUGAUGAUACAUUCACUGGUACCACCCAGUGUUUUUAUGUGUAUGGUUCCUCUAGCUGGAUCUUACAGGUUUUUGAGAGUCCUUUUCUUAUUCUAAGAUCUUUUGACAGUGAGAAACAUUUCUGAAAAGAGUAAACAAAUGCUGUUGCUUUUGCCAAAUAUUUUUGUAAAUGUAUAUGUAUGUGUUUUUCUUGAGGCAUGUGUAAUGAUGUAAAUGUCUAACCAUUUUUUACACACGCUAAGGUCAGUAUUAAAAUAGUCAUGCUGUUGGCA